AUGUCUGUUAAAUUACCCUCGAUUUCUGAUCUAGACUCAAACUAUGCCUCUGACGAAAAGGACUACAUUUUUGAAAACCCAGAAGGUCUCUCAGUCGAGACUUUAAUCAACCAUAUUUUGCCUGUUCCUGAGGAACUUAGUGGUGUAUCAGUUAAGAUACCUGGUACUGCGAAACCAGGGUUUUCGGAAAUCUACAGAAACGGUGCAUUCCCCAAUGGCUUGAAAUCAUGUAUUCUACCAGAACUAGACACCUACCAUGCUAUCUUCAACUCCGGGGUAUCAAGGCAUCCCAAUUCUCCUUGCUUGGCUUAUCAUGAAUUCGAUUACGAAAAUGAUUUGCAUUUGGAGAGGUACGCUACCAUCUCCUAUACCGAAGUUCAAGAGCGCAAGAAGAAUUUAGUUGGUGGUUUAUUCUUCUUGUUGGAGUCAAACAACUAUAAGGACUUGUCUCUAGAAGCUCAUCAGAAGAUUGUUAACCACAGUAGGGAUUAUAAGCUGUAUGAUAAGGAUAAUUUCUCCUUUGUUGUUACUUUUUACUCGGGGAACAGACCAGAAUGGAUUAUUGCUGAUUUAGCAUGCUCGUCCAGUACAAUCACUUCUACUGCAUUAUAUGAUACUCUAGGACCAAAGUCUUCCAAGUUUAUCUUGGAAGUAACUGAAUCGCCGGUUAUAAUAGCUUCGAAAAGCAAAAUCAGCAAUCUUAUCAACUUGAAGAAGAAAAAUCCCCAAGAUUUAAAAGCAUUGAUAAUGAUGGUUUCAAUGGACCCUCUUACUAAGCACGAUGCAGCAUUGAUAAAGGAAGCAGAUGCAAAUAAAAUAAAGGUUUUUGAUAUUCACCAAGUUGAAAAGAUUGGAGCAAUUUUUCCUCGUGAAGAAACCCCUCCGCAUGCUGAAUCCAUCUUCACCAUUACGUUCACUUCAGGAACAACUGGCGCUAACCCAAAGGGGGUUGUUUUAGCUCAAAAAGCUGCUGCCGCGGCAAUUUCGUCAAUCUCGAUAUUGUUACCACACCAUAGUAAUUUUAAAGAAUUUUCAUUUUUGCCGCUAGCCCACAUCUUUGAAAGACACAUGUCAGCAAGUGUGUUUUUGUUUGGAGGGUCGGUUGCCUUUCCAAGAUUGGGAGGAACUCCAUUGACAUUGUUUGAGGACUUGAAGUUAUGGAAACCUACAUUUAUGGCUAAUGUACCAAGGAUUUUUUCCAAAAUUGAGGCUAGUAUAAAAGCAGCAACAGUCGACUCUACCUCGAAAUUGAAUAGAGCUUUAUAUUCACAAGCUUUUGAAAAAAAGCGUCAAAAGCAAUUGGAGAAUGGCAACAAAGGUGAACAUUUUAUCUAUGAUCAAACAUUAAUUAAAAAAUUGAGAAAGAAUAUUGGCUUUGAUAACAUUGAAUAUUGCUUUACCGGUGGUGCACCUAUAUCCCCUGACACAAUCAAGUUUUUAAAAUCUAGUUUGGGGAUUGGAUUUUCACAAGGGUAUGGGUCGAGUGAAUCUUUUGCUGGUGUAUUGAUGGCUUUACCAUUGCACUCCUCUAGUACAGGGACGUGUGGUGCUAUAUCCCCUUGUGUCGAAGCCAGAUUACGCGAUCUUCCCGAAAUGGGGUACAGGCUUACAGACAAAGGUGGUCCAAGAGGGGAAAUGCUCUUGCGUGGACCUCAAAUGUUUGCCCAAUAUUUCAAAAACAUUGAGGAGACAGAAAAAGCAACAGAUAAAGAAGGUUGGUUUUCUACUGGCGAUGUUGUGCAAAUCACCGAGGCCGGUUAUUUUGUCGUCAUUGAUCGAGUCAAAAAUUUUUUCAAAUUGGCUCAGGGAGAAUAUGUUACUCCUGAAAAAAUUGAAAACACGUAUCUUACAUCAAAUUCCAUCUUGACCCAGGUUUAUGCUCACGGCAACUCAAUGCAAUCUUAUCUAGUUGGAAUUGUUGGGAUUGAUCCAGUUACAAUUGUGCCGUUUUUACGGAAACAGUGCAAUGUUACCGCCGAUCUUUCAAACCGUGAGACAUUGCUUGAAAUAUGCAACAAACGUGAUAUCAGGACCCAUAUUUUACUAUAUAUCAAUACAAAUGUUGGUUCAAAGUUGAAUGGAUUUGAAAAACUACACAAUGUUUUUUUUGAUAUUGAACCUUUGAGAUUGGAAAGAGACGUAAUUACUCCUACUUCCAAAUUAAAAAGACCAGUUGCUUCAAAGUUUUUCAAACCCCAAAUCAAUGCGAUGUAUGAGGAAGGCUCUAUCUUGAAAAACUUGAAACUUUAG